AUGGGGAUCUUUCAGCUUUUCUCAUGGUCUUUCUGCUUCUCUCAUUCUUCUGGCAAUUAUGAUAUGAAUCUUCAGCUUCUCUUGUGGUCUUUCUGCUUCUCUCAUUCUUCUGACAAUUAUGGUGUAGAUCUUUCAGCUUUUCUUAUGGUCUUUUGCUUCUCUCCUUCUGGUGAUUAUGGUGGCAUUCUUUCUUCUGUCAAUUAUAGUGAAUCUUUUGGCUUUUCUCGUGGUCUUCCUGCUUCUCUUAUUCUUCCAGCGAUUAUGGUGUCUUCUUUUGUCGAUUAUGGUGAAUCUUUUGGUUUCUCUUGUGGUUUUUCUGCUUCUCUCCUUCCGGUGAUUAUAGAGCUUUUCUUGUGGUCUUCCUGCUUCUCUCAUUCUUCCAGCGAUUAUGAUAGUUAA